CUGACAUGCAGAUAUCACCUGUUUCUGAUGCUGCUGCCAUUGUUGAAACGAACAAGGCUUCUUCCUCGAUUGAGGAUGCAGCGUGCUUGAACCAGAAACAGAAGACUGUGGAGUUAUGGCAGGAGAGAAGUGAAGACAGCAACGACAAUCACCGUAGGCCUACUUGGACAAAAGAAAUGCAUCAGAAGUUCUUGGAUGCCAUUGAAAUAUUGGGAAAUGACAAUGCAGUUCCCAAGAAAAUAGUCGAAGUUAUGGGCGUUCCCGGGCUUAGCAGGGAGAACGUUGCUUGCCAUUUACAGAAAUAUCGGUGCUACAUGAAACAAACGGACGCGCUCUCGGGCCAGUGAUGAUGCGAUAAACAUGAUGCAACUCAGACCGAAAUAUUGUUCAUCUUCUGACAACUCCAACACCAGCAAAGGUGGAAAUCAUGAUUAAUGGAAAUGGAAUACGAAACAGACCUGUUUAAUUUACAAGAAUUUUAUGGUUGAUGUUUAAAUAAAUAAUUUUUAUAGUUGAGCAAAUAUAAAGUUAGAUGUUGUAUUUCAAACUUAUGAAUGAUCAGAAUUUCAAAAUUAUAAAUUUAAAUGUGAUAUUUGAGCUUUUAAA